GUAUUAUUUGAUACGUGAGGCUUAUUUAAUCAAAUAGAAUAUCGCAAUACUUAGCUUAUUACGAGUUUACUGAUAUAAGUAGGACACGUGACAUCCCGGCAACUUUGAUUUAAAAAAAACCCCACUUUAUAUCGGAGUUGUGCCCGUUUUCACACACGUAUCUGUCCUCUCAUUGGCUAUAAUGUUUCCAACUGAUCUUGCCUCCUCCCGACUGCCUUCUAUUUUAAAUACGUUUCUUUUCAUUGUUAGAGGGGCCACUUGAGUAUCUGGUCAACAAUGGAUCAUCUGUGGUAUCCAUCUGGGAAAAGGCUAUAUGGUCACUCCUGACCUGCAAAUUGAUAUUUCAUUUCAGAAUCGGUUAAAAUUUGGUUAUGGUUAGGGUUAAGGGUUUAGUUAAAGUAAGGGUCCGUUUUAGAUUUUAGUUAGUCGUUUGCAGGUCAGCAGUGCCCUUAAGUCUCUCCCAUAGAUCUGAGGAACAGAGGAGAGGGGCAGGAUUCUGAGGUGAGGUAGAGAGAGACAGAGAGGGGAGCUGAGGUUGAUCGCUACAACAAGACUCAACUCAGUCAGGACAGAAUAGGCUGCUAGAGACACACUGCGGGGUCUGGGAAGGAAAUCUGUCGCAGGGGACGAAGAAGGAGUGAAAGUGUUUAUGUUGCUGGAUGGACUUGUAUUUUUAUAUCGCAACUUAGUUUUUCCCUUUUCCUCUCCUUUCCUUUCCACCGCCCUAACGGAUCGCAUUCCGCGGAGCAGCUGCGCUUUAAUGCCCCUGCGCACUCGAGGAGGAGAAGGAGAGAAGAGGCCUGACUUCUCGGAAACCGCUCCGCCGCCCCUCACGCCUCUCCCCCGUGGCUGUCUGUCCCCUCUUCCCUCCUGGCCCUGUAUGGACGGGGAUGGGGAGAGCCGGAUGUUGUUACCGCGGGGCUGAGCGCCUCGCAUCCCCACCGAGGGUGCCCAGCCUGCGCCCGUUGCUGGUGCUGCUCCUUGCUCUCUGCUACGGGGCUCACAGAGGUAGUCAUUGCCAGGUGGCCACCCCUCAGUGUCGUAUCCAGAAGUGCACCACAGACUUUGUGUCCCUGACGUCUCACCUGACCCCAGCGCUGGAUGGCUUUGACGUAGAAUUCUGUAAGGCUCUGAGGUCCUACAGCGCCUGCACCCAGAGGACAGCCAAGUCCUGUAGGGGCAACCUGGUCUUCCACUCUGCCGUCCUGGGCAUCUCAGACCUCAUGACCCAGAGAAACUGCUCCCGGGACGGGCCCACCUCCUCCACACACCCCGAGAUGCAAUCAGAGCCCUGCAACUACCACAGCCGCACCCAGCACGCUCUCACACACCCUCACACACACACUCACACGCCGCCGGGGUACCUGUUCUGCGGGCUGUUCGGGGACCCCCACCUGCGGACGUUUAAGGACAGCUUCCAGACCUGCAAGGUGGAGGGGGCGUGGCCGCUUAUUGAUAACGACUACUUGUCCGUGCAGGUGACCAACGUUCCAGUGGUAACAGGAUCCAGCGCCACGGCGACCAAUAAGAUCACCGUCAUAUUCAAGCCAUUUGAGGAGUGUACAGACCAGCGUGUGUACCAGGCAGUAACAGAUGACCUGCCCGCUGCCUUCGUAGAUGGUACCGUGAGUAGCGGGGCCCCUGACCAUAACCUUAACGGAAAUAACGGUGACUCUACCGGGAAGGUACAAGCGCUGUGGAUCUCGGAGCAUAGCCCCGGUCGCCACGUGGAGCUGCAUGCCGGCUACAUCGGCGUGACGAUUAUCGUACGGCAGCUGGGGCGCUACCUGACCCUGGCGGUGCGCAUCCCGGAGGAGAUGGCCCAUGCCUACGACGCUACGCAGGACCUGCAGCUCUGCCUGAAUGGAUGUCCCACCUCAGAACGCAUCGACCGGGGGGGUCACCUGCCUCUCCCUCUACCACAUCCAGCGCUGGGUUUACAGCUCCAACAGCCACACGGCCAGGGCCAGUCCUCACACACACACUCCCACACGGCUCCCUACAGCGCCCCCCAGGGGUUCAGUAUGGAGGGUGCGCGGGCACGCUGCAGGGAGCAGCUUGAGGUGCAGGAUAUUUAUUUCCACUCGUGUGUGUUUGACCUCCUGACCACCGGGGACGCUAACUUCACGGCAGCGGCGUUCAGCGCCCUGAAGGACAUGGAGAGUCUCCACCCCCAUAGCGAGCGCUGGACGAUCUACCCACCCAGCUCAGCCCACACCUCUCAGCCUAUCACAUGUCUCCUACUGCUCACGCUCUGUGCGCUCGGAUAGGCACUGGUAUAGCGUGUGUUUGUGUUUGUGUGUGUGUGUGUGUGUUUGUGUAUGUGUGUGUUGGCAUAGAGCUCCUAGCUGAGCUGUAGGAUAAAGUUCCCUCUUGAUGCAGAUCUAAGUUCAGUUUUGUGUUUUCGCCCUAAUGGUUAUGAUUGGGGAGGGUAACCUAAGCUGAUCCUAGAUCUGUGUCUAGGAGAAACUUCUAACCAGAGCCCCUCUGGAGAUUUACCCUUUUCUUCUUCUUGACUGAACACCCCGAGGCAUAUUACUGCCACAAAGGAGCUGCAAGCCCACAGGUCCAAGCCCACAGGUCCAAGCCCCCAGGUCCAAGCCCACAGGUCCAAGCCCACAGGUCCAAGCCCCCAGGUCCAAGCCCCCAGGUCCAAGCCCACAGGUCCAAGCCCACAGGUCCAAGCCCCCAGGUCCAAGCCCAUAGGUCCAAGCCCCCAGGUCCAAGCCCAUAGGUCCAAGCCCCCAGGUCCAAGCCCAUAGGUCCAAGCCCCCAGGUGGAUUCUGAACAGAUUCCAUGACACUCUUGUACUAUUCCCAACUCUGCUAUGUGGGAUCUAGCAGGCCUUGUGGAGAUUAGGACCUAUCUAUAUGUGAGGAUAACACAUAUAAAGGAAGACCCAAAUAAACACUCCCAACUUGUGUGUAUAUUGUAGAAACACACUCCAGACUGUAGGUAGUGUGUGUGAGUACCGUAUCCAGGUAGUGUGUGUGAGUACCGUAUCCAGGUAGUGUGUGUGAGUACCGUAUCCAGGUAGGUAGUGUGUGUGAGUACCGUAUCCAGGUAGGUAGUGUGUGUGAGUACCGUAUCCAGGUAGAUAGUGUGUGUGAGUACCGUAUCCAGGUAGAUAGUGUGUGUGAGUACCGUAUCCAGGAACGCUGAAUGGCGUUGACUUUUGGUUGUUAUUUUGGCUUGAUUUUGUUGUGAUUGUUUUUUUAUACCUCAGACAGAGGAAGUUGAUUUAACAGAAGCACUUUAUUUAUUUUUUGUUGCUAAAUCCAUACCAGUGUUCCCCCUCUCCCCUCUCUACCCCACCCCCUCAACCUUUCCCCCUACAUGACACUUUUCUCUCCCCCGCCCCGCCACCAACAGCCCAAGCUGUGGAUUUCAUCUGCCAUUUUCUUCACUCACAGUGCAAAUCUCAAAUGACACCUGAUUUCCUCAAUAUGCACUUUUCACCAGAGGGACAUAGGGAGAAACAUAGGGCAUGGUCAAAUGUAGUGCAUUAUAUAGGGAAUAGGGAGCCAUUUGAGACAAUUAACCAGCUCACUAACACAGUGAGAUGGAACCUCUGUUUUAAAGCCGACAUUCCAAAGGCAGUUGAGUUGAUUUAGCCGCUGUUCUAUAGUAAAUACAUUUUUCUGUUGAAUGUAUGGUACCAGAGUAGCUGUUAAGAACAGUUUCACACACCAUUACCGUUUAAUGUUUGGUUUUUCAUUUACAUUUUACAGUAUGUCUGCAAAUACAGGGUGUGUGUGUAUGUGCUUGUGCGCAAGUUUGCGUGUUUUACCUGACUUGUCGUCUGAGGACUGAAAAGUCAGUCACCCUCAGCAACUCUUUUAAUGAACAUAUUCCCUGUUCACACUGGUGUAAUGACUAUAACAUGCUCUGACUAUGUUUUCUUUACAGCUGGUGGUAACAAUCCGUUUACCAAACAGCUUUGACUCUCAGCUUUUCUAUGUUGUGGUUUUCUCUUUCUAUGAGUGUUCAGUUUGCUUUCAAAGACAAACGCAUACAGUGAUUCACCAUACAAGUUCGCCAGUGUUCAUACGUUCGAACAUGAUAAUCACACAUCCCCUCCAAAGCCAAACCGUAACCCCCGCCCUGACCCCUUCCUACACAUCUGGAACUCUUAGGAAACUUGCUAUUGUAGAUCAACUCUAUUUUGGGCUGCUCCCCAACUGGACACAUGGCUAGAAUGUAGUAAACUGUAGACCAGGGUUGCACACUUUAGUUCCAGCCCAGCACUAACACACCUGAUUCAGCUACCCAAGAUAUUGAUGAUUGGUUGAUUAGUUAAACCAGGUAUAGCUGCGCUGGAACAGAAGACUGCGCACAAUUCCCUACAGUAAUAGUGUUGCCUACAGGCUGUAGAUGGAGCACUGGGACUCCCACAGGCCGAGACGACGUCGCACACUUACAGAUAAAUCUACAAUGCAGUGUCUGAUGGGAUAUACUGUACAUGCCUAUUGCGCUCAUAUACAAUUACAAAGCAGUAUCUGAUGGUAAAUGAAUGCUCAGUCUGCUUCUGGCAUUGUGAAUUAUUAAGUUGUGUGUGAGUGUCCGUGUGGUGACUGCUCAAUGUUGAAAUAUGUAACUUAUUUAUAAACAUAGUGUCUGUUAGAGGAAGGUACGCUUCAAAUUCUGGCUGUUUCAGAUGGGAUUGUACUGCCACCUAGUGGCGCUCCGUUGCUAUGUCAGUGUUUUACUCUUAAUGGA